UACAGUUUGCCUGUCAUACGUCAAAUAAUAUUUACCAUUUAUUAGUUUUUCACUAUUUUUCAAAGAUAACCAGUGGUAAAUGUUGCAAAAAUGUCAGAUUUUGUAUCGAAAUGCGUUCUAAGAGUUGAAGUAAACGAAUCUAACCAAAGUCAAGAUAGGGGUGCAGAAGCAGUUGUCAAUCCAGAUAACAGACAAAAAAAUAGAGGACAACGAAAGAUACGAGAUAUUAGUGUUGAAACAUUUCCUAGUCGCUUAGAAAGUCCCAGAAAUGAUUGGGGACUAUUGCCAAAAUAUUCUAGAGAAGUUACUCCCAUUAGUGAUUCAACAAAAGAUCCUCUUGAAAAAGAGAGUGAAAUUGGAUUUUUCAGUGGAAAUCCUUUUGUAGAAAUCACUAAGGGUAUUAUCCAUUUAUAUAAAGAAGAUCAAUUGAGCAGUAGAAAAGAGGUUCUAACGUUAUGUAUGGUAGGAGUUCCAACAACCAUGACCUGUCAUGAUCUCCUAUCUUUUACAGCACCUUGCCACGAUGAAAUAUCUCAUAUAAGAGUUUUAAGAGAUUCUAUGCCUAAUCAGUACAUGGCUUUGUUGACCUUUAGACAUCAUGAUGCUGCUAUGGAAUUUCACACAACAUUCAAUGGGGCUGCUUUUAGUAGCCUUGAACCCGAUACAAUUUGCCGCUUAGUUUGGGUUUCAAAAGUUGAAUGGGCACAUGAUGGAAUGGCCCCACCUGGUCAUACUGAAUUACCAAUAUGUCCUGUCUGUUUAGAACGUAUGGAUGAGUCUGUAGAUGGUGUUUUAACAAUACUCUGCAAUCAUGCAUUCCAUGCUAGUUGUUUGGAAAAAUGGGGCGAUUCUACUUGUCCAGUUUGUAGGUGUGUUCAGAGUCCUGAGCAAGCAGAAAAUUCUGAAUGCGAAGAAUGUGGAAGUUCAGUUCCAGCCCCCGAAUCUCUUUGGAUAUGUUUAAUUUGCGGCCAUGUAGGAUGUGGAAGAUAUCAAGGGGGACAUGCAGCAUCCCAUUAUAGAGAAUCUGGCCAUUGCUAUGCUUUACAAUUGGGAUCACACCGAGUUUGGGAUUACAAAGGUGAUAAUUUUGUACAUCGGCUUCUUCAGAAUAAAGCAGAUGGAAAACUUGUACCUUCAGAAGGUCCUCCUCCAGAAUCUGAAGGAGCACAAGAAAAAGUAGAUUCUGUGCAAUUAGAGUUUACAUAUCUCCUAACAUCUCAGUUAGAGCAACAAAGGAUGUAUUUCGAAGAUAAAAUGUCUUUGUUGGAAAGUCAAUUAUCUGAAGAAACAAAAGUCCUCAGGGACAAUUUGUCUGUUGUAUCAGAAGAAAAUAAUCAACUGAGAACAAAAUUGUCUAAUACUAAUAAAGAAAAACAAUCUUUGGAAAAGAAACUGCAACAGCAACAUUCCAAGUUGACGUCGACAUUAAAUGAUUUAAAUGAAGAGAGGCAAUUAGGGAAAGCAUUAAGAAAUAACCAGCAACAAUGGCAGACUAAAAUAACAAAGUUGGAAGAAAGGUUCAAUGAAUUAAUGUCACACAAAGAUAGAGUAAUUAAUGAUUUAAGAGAACAAGUUAGAGAUCUAAUGUUCUUUAUUGAUGCACAAAGAGUGAUUGAAAAGUCUGAUGCUAAAGAAGAAAUUGCUAGUGGUACAGUUACUAUAGGGGAUGCACCAGAGACCUCAAGACGUAAAAAAGGCAAGAAGAAGCAUCAAAAUUAAAAAUUUUCAAUUACAAUAAUAUUCAACUGACUUUGUAAUAAAAUCUGUGAAACUAUUACACGAUUUAUUGCUUAUUGGAAUGAAGUAGUUUCAGUAGGCCGCUGUUUAUUAGUAUUAAUUUCAGAAUGUUAUAAUUGAUAAUGUAUACAGUGAGUGAUACUAUUAUAUUGUUUUCUUAACUUCUGGGAAAAUACUUGAUACUUUGGAUUAUGUCGUUUGUUUUUAUUUUUUUAGGGUUAUUCUCAGACAACUUCUAGAUUUUAAGUAUUAUAAAGUUAAAACGAAAUCUGUGUUAUUUUUUGGUACAAUAUAUUAUUAAAAGUA